UAAACAGCAUGCAAAGAAAGGAGAAUAAGGAAAGGAGAAUAGUAAAGAUUUUUUUUUUAAGGAGGGCGGACUAAGGCUGCGACGAGCUAUUCGGUUCGGACUCACUCAAUAUAUUCAACCUUCUAAGAAAAAAAAAACUUUAAACGUCAAUCAUUUAUUUAUAGCCAAUAAAAUAUGUCGCUUAAUCUCCGAUAACCUAUAAUCCUUUACAAUUAAUUAAACAUCCUCCGAAAUCUUUAACCUCUGAUAAUAAAUUCGGAAUAAAGACACGGAUAUUAACAACGAUAACUGAAAAUACAUAUAAAUAGGGAUAAACAUAGGUAAUAAGAGAGGAACGCCAUGAGCUGCAUCGUUCAUUCGAAUUGCGAACACAACGAGGUAACGUGCAAUUGCAUCAUUUGCUGGAAACAGGAACAUCAGUGCGAAUACGCAUAUACAAAUUAUGACGUCAUCGAAUCAGAGACAACUUUUGAACGACACACCGUCGAACACACCGGAAUUGUGGCAACAGGUGUUGGAGAGGGAGGACUGGCCAACGAUAACGAAUCAACGGGGAACAUCGAUCUCAAUUGCACCGAGACGUUACACAAUUCGAUUAACGCGUUUAGCGGGGGAAAAAUACAUAGACGCGGAACAAAUAGACUUCGUGAAGAAUAUAGCUCGAAGAGUACACAACUACAGCUACGCACCGGAACCUCUGUGAUCGUUGGAUUCAAGUUUCCAACUCCUGGGGGAUGGGAAUGGGAAAACUAUCUACGUCAUCUUGACGAAUAUAAGCUCACAGAAGAUUCGAAAAGAUCUCUUGAACGGUAUAUUGGGAGUUUUAGAAAACAAUUGGACACCAGCGUGGACAUGGAUCGAAACGGCAUCGGAAAAAUAUCCACACCCACCAAUAAACAUCAAAACCAUAACAACAACAGAGGUGAUAGAGGCGAUAACGCAAUCUCGCCAACAAUUGGAAAGUCGCAUGGAACAACACGUACAAAUAGGAUGGAAGAAGAACCGAGUGUACAUUAUACUAGGUCACCUCGCGGAGGGUCGCCAGGAACGAACAUUACCACCGGAGAGCGAAAGCGAGGAAGCGAGAGUAUCGCGCGCAGCACCAGCGAAACCGAGUGGCAGCAAAGCGUGGGCGACGAUCAUCGCAAGAAGAAAAAGAAAACAAAAACAAACGGAGACGGAACUAUUGGAAGGAGACGAGGAAAUUCUCCUAGCAGCAACAGAACCUACCAUUGGACAUGCAUCCUCCAUAAAAAAAACCAGGACGGAAAAAGACGAAUCGACAGAAAAGGAAGACAACCCACCUUUGGAUACUUCGACCACGGAACGCACAUCGUCUUCGGAGCAACAAAGGACAACAACCUCGUCCGACAAAGAGGACAUAUCGCUAAGCACAUGUGUGCGACUCCUGCAGGACACACGGAAAUUAAUAUCACGUGUCAGCGCAUUCGACAUCUUCGGAACUUUGUUCUAUAUUGUAUCAGGUACGGCGUCGGAACAUUCAAUUACUCUGGAACUAAAAUCGGACCGGAAUUGAAGGACUUCGACAAGGCGAUCAACGAACUGGCUACACAUAAACCAAAAGAGGAUGGAAAUUACGAGGAAUGCAUUCAAUACAUCGAACAACGAAGAGAAGAACGAGCGACGCGCAGCGGAACGGAAAAACGAAAAAACGUGGUGGAAGCUAUAACGAGUCUCAUAGAGGAAAACGAUAUACGGACGUACGCGGAAUGGGAACUUAAGAUCAAUUAUGACACAAAGGAGGAAUUAUUAAAGGAAUUCGGAUUACAAACCGAUACAUACGCACACAAUAUCAUAAGAAACAAACGAAACACGGACACGAGUCUGUACAAAUACGUAUCGUACGAGACUAUAGUGAACAAAGAUUGCGAAGACAGAUAGGUGACAAAAUUAUCGUUAAGAUCCGAACCAAUACUCUGGAUAUACAAACUGUUCGAAGUGAACAAAAUAGACAUAAUAGAUUUCUACGCGUGGUUAAUAGCGAUAAAGAAU